AUGCGCGUGAUAGACCAGGAAGGUGACUGUGUGAUGUCAGUUUCGUCAAGUCGUUCUCCAACAGCGAAGAUGUUCUGUUCUAAACCGAGAAGGUUAUUGGUGUAUGGAACCGUGCUGCUGUGUCUGGUGGUGAUAUUGCCAUGUUGUGCUGGAGACUUCAUUUGUCCCGAGGUCACGGAACUUGGCUCCCCUGUCAAUCUGACGUGUAUUCAAGCAAGCGGCACACGUGCUCAUUCCUACUCAACUCCCAGUGGAACUACUGCUGCGUCUUGUCAUUUGUCAGACAGAAAAUGCAUACCACUUGGUGAUUUUUCAGCAUCUGUCCUGAAUGAGUCCUGCAGUGUCCUCGCUAUACCACACCUACUGCAGACACACGCUGGUGACUGGAAAUGUGUUGUAGAUGCAAAUGACCCAGACCCAGAGACGUGUCAUAUAAGUGUUGAAAAGAGUCCAUCAUGUCGUAUACUGAGCCACAACAACAUGAGAACACACCGAGUUGGUGAAGAACUAUCACUGACAGUCAACGUGACGGGAUAUUACUGCUCUGAGUCUGUCCUCGUUCAACUGAAGACGGGCGAUAUCACAAGUUCUCUUCUCAAUGAAACCGUUACCAUGGUGAAGGACAGCACUGUCAAUAUAACAUUUAACAUGACAGCAUCCCACUUUGGCGACGUGGUCCUUGUAUUUUCCUGUGGCAGCAACAGUCGGCACGUGCUCUGUGAGGGACUACAGGCGCUGGAUCAGAGUAUUUCUACAGUUCCAACCACCCAAACAGCCGUCACAAACAGAACCACAACGCAGAGAGCGUCAUCUGAUGAUGAUCAAACAACUGUCGUCAUUGUGGUGAUUUGUGUCAUUACAAUCAUCAUCCUGAUGAUCAUCCUAGUAUUUUUGUGGAGGAGACUAUGGAUCAACAAGACGUCUCAAUCAUCAAAGAAGUAUGUUGACGUUCACUACGUGUCGAAAGAAGAGUACGAAGAUGCUGGGAGGACCAAGCGCGAGGCAGACCCUCGGGUAGACGAAGAUGCUGGGAGGACCAAGCGCGAGGCAGACCCUCGGGUAGAUGAAGAUGCUGGGAAGGCCUAGCACGAGGCCGACCCUCAGGUAGACGAAGAUGCUGGGAGGACCAAGCGCGAGGCAGACCCUCGGGUAGAUGAAGAUGCUGGGAAGGCCUAGCGCGAGGCAGACCCUCGGGUAGACGAAGAUGCUGGGAGAACCAAGCGCGAGGCAGACCCUCGGGUAGACGAAGAUGCUGGGAGAACCAAGCGCGAGGCAGACCCUCGGGUAGACGAAGAUGCUGGGAAGGCCUAGCACGAGGCCGACCCUCAGGUAGACAGGGAUGCUGAGGGUUAGAAAGACGUAAAAGCAGCAAACCCUUUGCUGUCAAAGAUGAUGCCUAAACGACUUAUCCAUACUGUUAGACACAAGAGGUGCGUAGAAUAGCCACCUAUAGACUGAAUUAUCCUGAAUACAAUUUUUUUUGUGA